AUGGUGGGCUUCUCAUUCCCGCGUCCAUUGGCACUCACAACACUCGUCCUCCCCUUUCUAUUCCCACCUACGGUGACCUCGACCGCGCCAUUUCAGAACGAGACCUUCCUCAACCUGCGGCUGGGUGACUACUACGAUGGCCCCAAGUUCAAGCCGCCGCCGUACCUGACGGACUUCUCGGAGCACCUCAACGACAUAGAGGUCGAGUACCUCGAGUACAUCAAGCAGCUGACCCCUGUCAACGAGCCUCCCACGAUCCUGUCGAGCUGCCUCAUGCCAGCCACCAACGCCAACGGCACCACCAUUGUGCGCCGUGGGCCGUUUCGCAAGCUUCGCAAGCUCCUCCAGAAGCAGAUCGACCGCCUGCUGCCGAGGCCGCCCACAUUCAAGGGGUUCAAGUACAGAAACUUUUGCUCGCCGGACAAGCUCACCAUCUAUGUCUACUACCAUGUCGUGGUCGGCUCGUACGAUAAAUUUAGUCUGGCGCGGAAGGACCAGAUCGAUAAUCAGACUCGUGUCAUGAACGAAUAUUAUAACAAGCUUGGGGUCAUGUUUGAGGUGGCCGACAUCAACUGGCGCAUCAACCCGGACUUUGCCACAUCCAGGUUCAACCAGCAGCAUCCCCAUCGGAGAUUCAGCCGCUCUGGGACCUACGCCGACCUCAACGUUUGGAUCGUCGAGGAUGUGCCAGGCGACACCCCAGGCGAGAGCACAAUUGGCUACGCCACGUUUCCCGACGCCACGGCCAAUCAGUACGAACGCAGCUUUGACGGCGUCGUCAUGAUCGCGGACACACUGCCCGGCUCGUCGGCGCCCAUCGCAGCCAACCACAAGGGCACUAACCUGAUCCACGAGGUGGGCCACUGGCUGGGCCUCUUCCACGUUUUCAACGAGACCCUCUUCGACUCGACGACUUGUUUCGCCAACCCAGACCGCGACAGCGUGCCCGACACAAAGAACUUCCCCGCGCACCGCCCCGAGAUAUUUGCAAAUCAGCAGGUCCCCUGCGGCGAGACGGAGCCCGUGGAGCAGUACAAUUUCAUGAGUUACUCCACGCAAAAGGGCUUGGACGGAUUUGGCUUCACCUCGGGCCAGGCGGCCCGCAUCUUCAGCCGCUACAUCGGCGUCCGCCAGGGCCUGCGGAAUAACAAGCUCUGCCACCCACCGCCCGGCCUGUCCGGCAGCCAGGGCACCCGCCGCCGCCGCUCCGAGGUGGACAACAACCCGGCCCUGCCCCCGGACGUGCUCGACCUCCUGCGCCAGGACAACCUGCAGUGCGCGGCCCACGACGCCGUCGACCCCGUUGAUAUCUCGCUCGCCCCUCCGCCCGACCCGGCCUACCCAGAGUACCCGGUCCUGCCCAUCCAGCCUAAAGACCGCCGCCCCGUGCCGCCCAUCGACCCGUCCCUCCCGCAGCCCGCAGGCUCGGGUGCAUGCAUCGAAGCCGCCCCCAAGGAGCUCCGCCUCCCGGGACUGAUGCUUCCCAUUGGUGGCGGUGGUGUCGUCGGAGUACCGCCCGUUGUUGGCGGUCCCGGGGAGAACGACAACUCCGGGUGCCCGGCCGUGUGCUCGCCGCAUCCGGGCAGCAACAAGUGCCACGUGCCCUCUGCGCAGAACUGCGUCUUCCCUGCGCCGCUCGCGGGCGCGAACCCGCGGUCGUACUGUGCCUGCCGGCCCGGGUACAAGAGCGCGUUCGGGCUCGACGCGUCCAAGCACUGGCGCGUGGCGACCAAGGGGAUCGAGAACUUUGUGUGGGUGGCCGAAGGGGUCGAGUGUGAGACGCUCUGUGACGGGGUGCUGUGUAGCGAGGUGCCAGUGCUGUCAAAGCCUUGUGUUUAA